UCGCUCUCGUCCCCAGCCACUCUCAGCGUAACCACGUAGGCCUAAUAGAGAAAGGCGGUGUAGAGUUGCUCUGCAGUUUUUCGAUCAAAAUUGUGGUCUAAAGUGGACGGAGGAAAUUGGAAGUGCGUGUACAGUUAGAACUUGUGUUGGUGGACAGCCUGGCGAAGACACAGUCCUCGGGGCACAUCGUCAGGUGCUCAGAAAUCGACUGAGAUGGGGAGUCCGGUUAUGUGACAAAGUCCGGUGGUUUGGUAUGGCGUUUUGAAGUGGAAACUGACAAUUCAUGGGGUAGAAUUAACGUGCGGUGUUGUGCUUGUAGGACAGAUAAAGGUGACGUAGUUUGUGGCGAAGUAAACAAACUUGGGGUGAUCGUUGUGUGGGUGCGCUACACAGGGGGCAAGUGGGAGUUGGCUGGUGGAGGGGGGCCAUCAUACUCGGCCCCAGCGUCGACUCCUCCCUCUACUUGUUGGCAGUUUACACCUCGCCGCGACCAAAGGACACGCUUAGCAGAAUUAUUUGAAACCUGAAUUCCCUGUCACGCCAAGGAAAUGAAGACAGGACUGACGUUUUUAAGAGGAGGCAGGAGUGCAAAGAGCGCCCUUGAAUCCUCUGCCUCUACCCCGGCAGAUGUACGGCGCAGGCGGGCAGGGAGGACCUGCCUGGACCUUGCCAUCCGCCUCACGUCUAACAUGCAUUGCUUCUCCGUCGCAGCCUCCACACACCUCCACGUUUAAAACUCUUAAGACAAAAUUAGAUUACCAAGAUGGUCUCGGUAAGCGCUGAUGGACUUUCCUGUGGGCAAUGACUGCUUGAGCCGCAGGCGAACACCCGCCGCCUGUGCUGUAGAGGAGUGUGCUUGCUCACGCCUCGUCCGCCGCAGUAGAGGGCACCCGGACACUGUAGUGUAAUGUAGUGCGUGAUGAAACGUCGUAUUGAUGAUCUGUCUGGUCGGGGUGAGGCAGUGUCAGGCAUUGUGAGUGCAGGGGGUGUUGCUGGGGGACUCACCCAGGGGGGGCAGGGGGUUACUAGUGGCCCUGGGGGGGUUGGUGUGGGUCCAGGGAGCUACGUUCGAGGCCCUACCAUCACACAGUUGGGUGCUCGUCCUGGUCAACCUACAACUCCAGCUGCGGUAACGGCGGCAGCGGUUGCAGCUGCAUCGGUUGGAGCACCAGUUCCCGGGGUGGUACCUGUGCCAGCUACCACUGCUGGUCAAGGAGUUAGUGGUGCACCUUCGGCUCUUGAUCACCAGCCCCAUAAUCCAGCACCUCAGCCAGUUCUUACAGGUUAUGCUGGUGGUAAAGUGGAAAUGCACACUGGUGUUCAUCAUACCCUUCCUGCAUACUCUGCCAGCCUACCUACUGCACCCCAACCUCAGGGUGAUGGUCUGUCGGGCAUGGUGGAGGGGCGUUCUGUAGGUGGAGCGGGCGGGCUGGUGGCCCCGGGUGGAGUAGGACCACCCCCGUCUGUCCUCCAGCACGUGACUGCCCACUCCCAGGUGCGCCACAAGGUCUCGGGGGUGGGCAGUGCAAGUGUGGUGCACCAGACGGCGGCAGUAGCGGCAGCAGCAGCAGCAGCAGCUGGGGCGACUCAAGGCUCGGGCCAGUUCCAGAGGUUAAAAGUUGAAGAUGCACUCUCCUACUUAGAUCAGGUAAAGCUGAGGUUCGGGAAGCAGCCACAAGUCUACAAUGAUUUCCUGGAUAUUAUGAAAGAGUUCAAGUCACAGUCCAUUGAUACCCCUGGAGUCAUCGCUCGCGUGUCCCAGCUCUUCCGUGGUCAUCCAGAGCUCAUUGUCGGCUUCAACACCUUUCUUCCGCCCGGCUACAAAAUUGAGGUGCAAGGGAAUGAGCAGGUGAAGGUGAGCGUAAGUGUGCCAGGACAGCAGACAACAGUAGUUCAUACACCUCAGGGGGUUCACCACCACAUCACCUCAACACACCAUCCUCCUCCUCCACCACCGCCCACGGUUACCGUCAAGCCCUCGCAUCAUCCACCGCCUCCCAGGUCCCCAAAUACUGCUGGGUGCACAGGGGCAAAUGGAGUGAAGGAACGGGGCCCAAUCGUCCCACCCUGCCCAGGAUUUGAACCCAGGUCAUCUCACUUGCGUGACGAGUGUGCAAACCACUACACCUCAAGGCAAACCUCGAUUUGCGUGGUAUUGGAGAAUGCGGAUUCAGUGGUUCGCGGAUCUGCAUUACCUGCUAGUGUGACACAACAUACAAGUCCGAGUUUAGUUGGCACUCAUAAUGUCCACACUGGAAGCGGAGGUAGUGCAGGGCCUGGGAGUGGAGGAGGCAGUGGUGGAACACCAGGGGGAGGUGGUGGUGGUGGUGGUGGAGGGGUAGGGGUUGGGAUUGGGGUUGGGGUCGGGGUAGGAGUGGGAGUUGGAGUAAUUGGGGGUGGUGGUGGUGGUGUCGGUGGUAACACUAGUACUGGUACUGGCGGAGGAACUACAAAUGUCACUCAGGUAGCGAGCAGUGUUAGUGUUGGCAGCAACACCCCCACUGGCACGAAUUCUGGCAGCAACUCAAAUGCCACAAGCAAUACUACAGGUGGUACACAGCAUUCAACCAACACUGCCCCCCAGCACCCCAGUCGUGAGCCCCAGCCUCCCCCACCACACCAACACCACCACCACCACCACCAACCUCCAGCGCAACCUGUCGAGUUCAACCAUGCCAUCAAUUAUGUUAAUAAGAUUAAGUUACGGUUUCAAGGGCAACCCGACAUAUACAAACAGUUCCUAGAAAUCCUUCACACCUACCAGAAAGAGCAACGACACUUAAAAGAUGGAGGAUCCAUACCCACUAGAACACUUACAGAGACCGAGGUGUAUGAAAAGGUUGCAAAGUUGUUUGAGAACCAAGAAGAUUUAUUGCAAGAAUUUGGUCAGUUUCUCCCUGAUGCCACAAAUAAUUCUGCAGCCCAGGCGGCUGUUUCUGACUUUAUGGACCAAUAUCGAACUCAUCAUGGGGGCAAUAAAACGGUAAGCAAUGAUCACACGUCGGUGAAGAAAUCCAAUAUAAAAAGCAGUUGUGGGGUGGGUUCAGGUAAUAACAUGGUGAGUGGGCCCGGUAAUGUGCCAAACAAAACCUCUCCCAUGUUUGGCCAUCAAUUGAAGCGUCCACACUCGGGUCCAACGCAAGGCCACACCCAUUCUCAUGCCCAGCCACCUGUGAAGAAGCCAAAACUUGGGUACCUGAAGGAUAUGAGUGCUGCUGAAGCUGGCAAGUAUGCAACUCUCGCAGAAUACGCCUUCUUUGACAAGGUUCGAAAAGCAUUACGCCACGAAGAAACUUACCACAAUUUCUUAAGAUGUGUCACAUUGUACAAUGAAGAAAUCGUUACUCGUUCAGAGCUGGUACAACUAAUCCACCCCUUUCUCGCCAAGUUCCCCGAUCUUAUCAAAUGGUUCAAGGUACAUGAACACGAAUUUGUGGGGUAUCGUGAAGGAGCAUUGGGCAACUCUGAUAUAAUCCCUUCGUCUGUCGCAAAGCAAGAGAGAAUAAGCGGUGAUUUGGCUAUGGAAAUAGAUUAUACAACGUGUAAGAGACUAGGAGCAUCUUACUGUGCUCUACCCAAAUCCUACCCACAACCCAAGUGCUCUGGUCGAACAAGUCUCUGUAGAGAAGUUCUAAAUGAUACUUGGGUUUCCUUUCCAUCUUGGUCAGAGGACUCCACUUUUGUCACCUCCCGUAAAACACAGUAUGAAGAAUAUAUAUAUCGGUGUGAAGAUGAACGAUUUGAGCUGGAUGUGGUGCUGGAGACUAAUUUGGCAACGAUGCGUGUAUUAGAAGGUGUACACAAGAAGCUCCAGAGGAUGAGCCCAGAAGAAGCAGCUAGAUUUAGAUUAGAUGACUCUCUUGGAGGAAACUCACCCACAAUACACCAAAGGGCCAUUCGUCGAAUAUAUGGUGAUAAAGCUCCAGAUAUUAUUGAUGGAUUAAAGAAGAAUCCUGUGGUUGCAGUGCCUUUGGUUUUAAGAAGGUUAAAAGCAAAGGAUGAGGAAUGGCGGGAAGCACAGAAAGGUUUUAACAAAAUAUGGAGAGAGCAGAAUGAAAAAUACUACCUGAAAUCCUUGGACCAUCAGGGUAUUACAUUUAAGCAAACUGAUGUUAAAACGAUAAGAUCAAAAAGUUUACUGAAUGACAUCGAAACUUUAUUUGAUGAGCGUCACGAGCAAGCUGAGGAGAGCGGAGACGUUAUUACAGGCCCUCAUAUGGUGCUCCAUUAUCCUGAUAAAUCUAUCAUUGAUGAUGCAGCAAAUUUGAUAAUCCACCAUGUGAAGAGACAAACAACUUACCAUAAAGAUGACAAGGUCAAAAUCAAGCAGAUUGUCAGACAUUUUAUUCCUGACCUUCUCUUUCACACAAGACAAGACAUGUCUGAUGAUGAGAAAGAUAUGGAAGAUGAAGAUGAGGAGGAGGAGGAUGGUAAAAGUGAAGGAAAGUGUGAGAGUGGUGGUCGACGGGACCUGAGAGGACGUGAAUGCAAGCAACCCUCGUCUACUCCGUGUGCCACAACGAACAAUAAUUCUAAUAAGAGAAAAACGAGAAAUCGAGGUCUUGACCAAGAAAAAGAUUGUGAUACUAAAAGUGUGAGAGAAACUAGUGGGAAUAAUAAUAACAAUAACAAUAAUAAUAAUAAAACCAAAGAUGAUAUUAAAAAUAAAAUAGCUCUAAAUGGUGAUGCGACUGAAGAUGAAAAAAUUAGUAUAAAGAGUGAAGUUGACGAAGACAAGGUAGAAGUGAAAGAAGAGCCAGGGUCUGUUGGAAAUGGAAACGUCCAACCGGAUGAUGAAUACAGAUUGUUUAUGUGCAACAACAAUUGGUACCUUUUUCUUCGGUUACACCAAAUCUUGUGCUGCCGUCUCACUACCAUGUACGAGCAUGCUGUGCGGAUAGCGGCAGAGGAAGCCAAAGAUAAAAAGGACAGAAAAGAAGCAACAGCAGUAGCGCUAAGGCUCAAGCCUAAAAAUGAGAUAGCUAUUGAAGACUAUUACCCUGCCAUGUUAGAUAUGGUGAAAAAUGUUUUAGAUGGCAAUUUGGAAUCCACAGCAUAUGAAGAUACUUUACGGGAAAUGUUUGGGAUCCAUGCAUAUACCGGUUUUACGAUGGAUAAGGUAGUGACGGGAGCAGUGAGACAAUUGCAACAUCUGGUGUGUGAUGAGCCCCCUGCCCAAUGCACGUCUAUGUACCUGUCUGAGGCCAAGAAAGGUGGUGCAGGCGGUCCCAUAGCAUCAUCACACAGACGAUUGGCUGCUGAACAAAGUUACCAGAAAAAAUCUGAACGCCUUCUCCAAGAUGAAAAUUGUUUCAAAAUUUAUACCUAUAAAAGGAACUGUAGAAUGAGUGUAGAAUUGAUAGACACAGAGAUUGAGGAAGGAGAAGAUAGUGGAGGAAGUGUGGGAACCGGAAUUAGUCAUAGUGGUACAGUUCCUUCCUCUUCCCAUUCAACCAUUCCACCUGCUGUCACUGAAGUUGAAAGAUGGAGUGAAUAUGUAGAGAAGUACGUCUCUUCCGUCGCACCUCAGAUGUCACCUGCUAUGCAGGCCCAGCUGUCCAGAAAGCCAGUAUUCUUGCCACGCAACCUUCGUUCUUGGAGAAAGUUAACUGCAUCCAGACAAACAAAUCAGGAGGUUGAAAAGGGUGGAUGUAUAGAGGAUAUCAAGCCACCAGUGUGUCCAGAUAUGGAUAUUGGUGACAACACUCAAUGCAAAUUUAAUCUGUCUUCAUUUAAGAUGGUGUUUGUAGUCAAUAGUGAUUCAUAUAUGUACAAGAAACAAGCACUCAAGCGGGCCAAACAGAGUCAUGAGCAUGUGAGUCGAAGAAUGCGUAGUGGUUUGUUAUCAUGGCAUGGGGAUUGGUGCACAAGACAUGUUUCUGAGGCAGAUCAGCGUGCUGCCACAGACUGGUUUUUAGGACACACGGAUGGGUUGCGACCUAAUUGUACAAGAAUAGUGCGUAUUGAUGACCCUUCCCGACCCCCUUUUGCACCCUAUAACAAGUACAAGUGUGAACUAGAAGAGAGUGGAGGGUCCUAACGCGUGGUGUUAAUCUUGCCCCUAUCAUCUGAUCAGAGAUAAUCCUCAGAUUGAUGGGGGGGUGAGAAGCUGUUAAUGUCAGUGGAGUCAGACUCCCUCACUGUGUGAGCUGUGACUUAGACUUUACUCUGAGGGUAAAGUUGUGUGGACGUCACCUCGAAGUACAAGAAUGUAGCAGGGAUGGUGGUGUGGACCGCAAGUUGCAGCAAGGAGGCAGGGAGUGUUGUGGGAAGGGAGGGGGGGUGGGGAUUUUAGAAGUGAAGCAUAUGCAACCUCAUACUGUGGCUUGUGGUGGAGUUGCAAGAAUCCCAAGUUGUCAAGACAUCUACAAUGCAUCUUCUUCAAGCUAAGUGUACAAGUGUUGUAAGACUGAUGGCAACAAUAAUACUAAGCUAGUGAUGCAUAAAAUCAAUUGAUGUGCCUCAUGAAUGCCUGUCAGUACAAUGUAGUAUUAAAAAGUAAAUGCAAGUUGCAGCAUUGAAGCAUCCCAGUGACAAGAAUCUGCCCCACACAAGGACUGCCCACUCACCAUCCAAAGUGCUGCAAGGUGUCCACAGCACAAACUUGCUACUAAAUUUAGCAACAACCACUUCUAUGUUUUGUUGCCGGGACCGAGAGAUUGGACUCGUGAAGAGAGCCAGUUGUACAAGUGAAUGAUAAUUAUAAUUUAUAAUUGUACAGAUGAUCUGAUUUACGUUUUUGUUAAAGAUGAUGUUUCCUUGUAUAAGACGAAAUUCAGGGGAGAUGGGGGCAUUAGUGGUUAAUUGUGGGCUCCUUUUUAGCCAAAUCUCGUUCUCCCUACACACAAAAUAGGGGCUCUUCCCAAAAUUGGUUAUUUAUUACCAGAUAUAUAGAGUAUAUAUGUAUACAUGUUAUGUAUAUGUAUAUAUAUACUGUGUAUAUAUAUAAAUAUAUAUAAAAUCAUAUAUAUAGCAUAUAUUAUCAGGGAUAUUAAUUAUAAAAGGUAUUUGAUUGCCAUAUUUAUAUUCACCAGGAUCAAGUCAAGGUGAAAAAAUUAUACAUAAAAUGUAAAGUAUUUUAUAAAUACAGGUAUUUUAAAAUGUACAUGACAUUUUUCAACCUUCACUACUACAAUUACACAUUACACUCAAAACAUGUAUACACACAUUAACUGGUACGUAAACACGAGUCGUCAGGAUGAUUUAACAAGACACUUGACAAGGAAAUGCCUUCCCUCAAUUCCUGGUAUAGUUACAGGCCAUCCCAGACCCUCAUCUCCUCCCGAACUGCACGUCUCAAAAAACUGCCGCGGCCUAGAUGACACUAUUUAGCUUUAAGAAGUCAGUCCAGCAUGGGUGUGCGUGCUACCCGAUUUGCCAGACAAAUAUGUUUAUCCUUUAAUAAAGGAUGGGGCAUUACACAAACACAUUAAAACUGGUCCCCAGAGCACUACUGCCACUGCCAAGAGAGUGCAGAGAGGCAAUCUCCAAGGUUGUGAACAUUCUAGUGGUGUGGCAGCUGAGAUGUAUGAACCAGGGAAAUUUCAAUACAUUUCUAAAUUUGGAUCAUUAUUAUUCAUGGACAAAUGCUUUCAUUAGUCUUUGCUACUUGAGUUAUAAUGUGAAAUGUUUUGCUCCACCAUAGGCAGUCACAUUUUUUUUAUCUUAAUGAUGGUCAUUUAAUUUUGGACAAUUUAAAUUUUCUUAUUUAAAUGUAAUUCAAUAUUUUUUAAGCAUUGAAUGCUGUUAACUAUGCCAAUAUAAGUAUUGUGCCACAGGAAAAGAGGAUACUGUCCAGAAUGUCUACUUUAAUCAUCACUCAAAUUAUUUUUUGUAGUACAAGUAGGUCAAAAUACAGCACACCUAAGUUGGUGACUUCCGUGUAUUUAGAGAAAUAUUUCUUUUCUAUCCCUCAUGUCAAUCACAGAAAGUGUUUGUAAUAGACAUUGAAAACAAUAAAUCUUUUUACAUUCUA